UAGCUUGCUGUGCUUGCCGCAGAGCCCCUGAAGGACCUGGGGACCUGCUGCAGUGGAGGGGUCAAGGCGGAGGCCCCCAUGGAGGUGGUGAAGGCGGAGGUGAUGGAGACGCUGACGCCGCCACCCUCGGACGCGGGCUCACCGUCCCACAGCAGCCCCCUCUCUCUCAGUGGGGGCAGCAGCAACAGCAGCAGCGACUCGGAGCCUGACAGCCCCCUCUGCAACCGUGGCAAGGUGAAGCAGGAGCACCCGCCACCCUCGCCCAGCAGCCAGGGAAUGCUGGACCGUUCUCGCAUGGCUCUCUGCACCUUCGUCUUCCUCUGCCUCUCCUUCAACCCCCUGGCCUCCCUCCUCCGGGGCUCCAGCUCCCCGGGCCCUCUGGGGAGCCCGGACACUGCUGGCCCCAGCAGGAGCAUCAUGGCUGAGUCUGGCACUGUGGAGGAGCCAUGGGGGUGGUCACAGUGGCUGUGGCCCACGCUGGCCUUCUGGGCACUGAACACGGCGCUGGUGCUG